UAUUAUGUGAUGACAGAAUCACCCCAGUGACACGUUGCCAAACUCGCCACAAUGAAGGAGUGAGUCUUCCGAGUGGGGAUCUCUGAAAUUGCUCAGUGAGCACCCCUAAUUUCGCUGAUUUAUUGCUGAUAAUCACUCACAAUGGAAACCAAUCAAAAAUCCGGGGACGGACUGACGGGCAUGCAGAAAGAGGCAGCACUGCGCUCACUGGUCCAGCGCACGGGAUAUCAGUUACAUCAGGAGAAUGGCCAGAGGCGGUACGGAGGCCCACCGCCCGGGUGGGAAGGCCCUCCCCCGGAGAGGGGGAGCGAGAUCUUCGUGGGGAAACUGCCACGGGACCUCUUUGAAGACGAGCUGGUGCCGCUCUGCGAGAAAUUUGGAAAGAUCUACGAAGUGCGGAUGAUGAUGGAUUUCAAUGGAAAUAAUCGGGGGUACGCAUUUGUGACCUUUGCCACCAAGCAGGAGGCCAAGAAUGCCAUGAAGCAUCUCAACAACUAUGAAAUAAGGAACGGCAGGCUCCUGGGGGUGUGCGCCAGCGUGGACAACUGCCGGCUCUUUGUGGGGGGCAUCCCGAAGACCAAGAAGAGGGAGGAGAUCUUAGCGGAGAUGAAGAAGGUGACAGAUGGCGUGGUGGACGUCAUCGUCUACCCCAGCGCUGCAGACAAAACUAAGAACAGGGGCUUCGCCUUUGUGGAGUACGAGAGUCAUCGCGCAGCCGCCAUGGCCAGGAGGAAACUGCUGCCAGGGAGAAUCCAGCUGUGGGGGCACACCAUCGCUGUGGACUGGGCGGAGCCAGAGGUGGAAGUGGACGAGGACACCAUGGCCACGGUGAAAAUCCUCUACGUAAGGAAUCUGAUGCUGGCCACUACAGAGGAGACCAUUGAGAAAGAGUUUAACAGCAUUAAGCCAGGCGCUGUGGAGAGAGUGAAGAAAAUCAGGGACUACGCUUUCGUACAUUUCAUCCAGAGGGAAGACGCAAUAAACGCCAUGAACGCUUUGAACGGAAAGGUGGUGGAUGGAUCCCCCAUCGAAGUGACCUUGGCCAAGCCUGUGGAUAAGGAUAGUUACGUACGCUACACCCGGGGGACGGGUGGGCGGGGCGCGGCCUUGCUGCAGGGCGAAUACGCCUACACGCUGGGACAGGUGUACGACCCCUCCGCGGCCUACCUGGGAGCGCCCGUCUUCUACGCCCCGCAGGCGUACGCCACCAUUCCAAACCAGUUCCGCUUCCCAGGUGCCAAGGGUCACGUGGGCACGCGGGGCCUGGUGAGGGUGCCCUCUGUGAGAGAAAUUUACAUGAAUGUACCUGUAGGGGCUGCGGGUGUGCGGGGGCUGGGUGGACGGGGAUACCUAGCGUACGCUGGGGUGGGCCGUGGCAGCGCCUACCAACUAAAAGCAGACAAGCGCCCCGACGAGAAGCUCUAUGACCUCCUGCCCGGCAUGGAGCUCACCCCCAUGAACCCCGUGACCCUGAAACCCCAGGGCAUGAAGCACGCCCCCCAGAUCUUGGAGGACAUAUGCCAAAAAAAUAACUGGGGCCAACCAGUCUACCAGCUUCACUCAGCCAUCGGGCCGGACCAAAGGCAACUCUUCCUGUAUAAGGUCACCAUUCCUGCUCUGGCCACGCAGUACCCCAAUGUGCACCCAUUCACACCGGCCAAGCUGUGCGCAGCCAUGGACGAAGCCAAAGUACACGCCGCCGAGCACACUCUGCAAAUCUUGGGCCUGCAGACGGAAAGUGCCGAGGCGUCCGCCGCCGCCGCCGCUGCCGCCGCAGUCGCCGCAGCAGCAGCAUUCCCAGCCUACACAAUCGCUGGAACCCCGGCAGCAGUGGCCGCUUCCCCACUCAAACAGGCCGUGACGUUGGGCCAGGACCUGACCGCGUACGCAACGUAUGAGGGGUACCCGGCGUUCGCUGUGGCGGCCCGGGGGGACGGGUACGGUGUCUUCUGAACCUGGCCCUGCACCAUAGCCACCCAUCACCCAUCUGCCUUCUCUUGCUUGUUGAUUUUAAUCAAAUUUGCUUGAUACGUUUUUAUUGAUGCUUAAUUAUAUAUUUCCUUAGCGUUAAAACUUUUAGCGUAAUGUCUAAUAAUCUUUAAUAUUCCGCAGCUUUAAAGUUUUAUUUGAGUGCCUUGGAUAUCUCUCAGGAAUGGGGUAGUCUGCUGAAGAUGUUUACAGAGUUAUGCUCCUUAGCCCCUUUUUCUUCCUGAAAAGUUGUAUUUCUUUUGAGUGUUUUGCUGUUGGUCUGAAAUACUC